CACCUCAGUCAACACACUAGUCGCCCAACUGACCACCGUCACUCCUCGCGUGGUCAUCGAGCUGGCGUGGUCUGGAGUUGACCAUCAAAAGGACCGGUGGCUACUGGGGAAGGCUGCCUAGGCUGUGGGCCAGUAUGUUGUGCUUAUUGGUACUUCUGUGCACUUUUUGUCACCUCUUAAGCGGCUCUGUCGUCAACUUGCCCGAGUCCAGUCCUAGCGCUGGUUACUAUGGCUACGCCAGUAGGAUUGGAGCGGGCGCCGACGUAUUGCUUGACGUAGUCAGCGGUAAGACGUCGAACAGGAUCGACAGCGUUAACGCCGGUUCCUUCGUACGACUACGGGCAACCCUAAAGCGCACGAGAGGACACCAAGGUCUCCGCAUGACAAACUGCACUGCCUACGAAUCAAGGGAAAAAAUGAGGAGAGUUUCUAUAACGGACCUAGACGGGUUUGGAUAUCUUCUUUAAAUCUGUCUAUCCCGC